AUGCCCCGCCCUGGACACCCCCGCCCAUCAUCUGGGCCCCCACGCUUGGGACCCUGGGAGCGGCCAACGGAGCUAUGCCUGGAGACAUACGAUGAGCCAUCCCGGGCCCCACCAAGCCGCCGCACCCGUAGGCCAGACCCCAAGGAUCCCGGCCACCAUGGACCCGAGAGCCUUACCUUCAUCUCUGGCUCUGCUGAGCAGGCUGCUGAGCCCCCAGCCUGCUGCCUGCUCUGGCGACCCUGGGUGUGGGACUGGUGCCGGGCCGCCUUCUGCUUCCGCCGCUGCCGGGAUUGCCUCCAGCGCUGUGGAGCCUGUGUGCGGGGCUGCAGCCCCUGCUUGUCCGCUGGGGACUCCCCUGAAGGGGCUGCUGAAGCCAACUGGGUCAAGGAGCACAACGGAGUGCCCCCCAGCCCUGACCGUGCCCCUCCCAGCCGGCGGGAUGGCCAGCGGCUCAAGUCGGCCAUGGGUAGCAGCUUCAGCUACCCUGACGUCAAGCUCAAAGGCAUUCCUGUGUAUCCCUACCGCAGCACCACCUCCCCAGCCCUGGACGCGGACUCCUGCUGCAAGGAGCCACUGGCCGACCCCCUACCCAUGCGGCACAGCCUGCCCAGCACCCUUGCCAGCAGCCCCCGAGGCUCUGAGGAGUACUACUCCUUCCACGAGUCGGACCUGGACCUGCCCGAGAUAGGCAGUGGCUCCAUGUCCAGCCGAGAGAUCGAUGUGCUCAUCUUCAAGAAGCUCACAGAGCUGUUCAGUGUACACCAGAUCGACGAGCUGGCCAAGUGCACCUCAGACACUGUGUUCCUGGAGAAGACCAGUAAGAUAUCGGACCUUAUCAGCAGCAUCACCCAGGACUACCACCUGGAUGAGCAGGACGCUGAGGGCCGCCUGGUACGCGGCAUCAUUCGCAUCAGUACCCGAAAGAGCCGUGCCCGCCCGCAGACCACAGAGGGGCGCUCAACCAGAGUGGCUGCCUCUGCUGCCCCUGCCCCUGACAGUGGCCAUGAGACCAUGGUGGGCUCAGGGCUCAGCCAGGAUGAACUCACAGUGCAGAUCUCCCAGGAGACGACCGCAGAUGCCAUCGCCAGGAAGCUGAGGCCUUAUGGAGCCCCAGGAUACCAAGCCAGCCACGACUCAUCCUUCCAGGGCACCGACACAGACUCUUCAGGGGCACCCCUGCUCCAGGUCUACUGCUAA